AUGGAGAUUCCUGGAGAAGUCAUCUCCGACCAGACGAUUUCCAAAAGAAAGCGCACCAAGCGGCCGAGGCCCUCAUCAUCAUCCUCCCCUUCGUCAAGCGGUGCCGCCGAUUCUAGCCGGAAUUAUUCAUCUCCGGCGUCCUCCACCACAAGCGCCGAGGACGAGGACAUGGCCAAUUGCCUCAUCCUUCUGGCGCGAGGCGGAUCGGAUUCACAAGGAAAAUCUAAACCGCCGGAUAAUAAAUCCAUCGGCGGAGGGCAGAUCGGGAUUUACAUCUACGAGUGCAAAACCUGCGGCAGGACCUUCCCAUCGUUUCAGGCUUUGGGCGGCCAUAGGGCGAGCCAUAAGAAGCCCAAUCGGAAUAACUCACCGACGGCCGGAGAAGAAGGUGGAUCGAUUUUGUCCGCCGCCGCUGUUACUCCGCCGCAAUUGAUAGGUAAGGGUUUGAAUACAGAGAACAAAGUGAAAAUUCACGAGUGCUCCAUCUGCGGAUCUGAAUUCGGGUCGGGUCAGGCGCUGGGCGGCCACAUGAGGAAACACAGGGCCGCGAGCAAUUACGGCAACGCUAACAAAAGCGCCAAUGACUGCGAGUCGUCUCUGGAUGAAAUUGGUGGGAGAGCAGGGAACGUGGCGGCGGCUGUGGAUUUCGAUCUCAAUCUGCCGGCGCCGGAGGAGGAGGACCACGGCGGGGCGGAUUUCGACGGCCGAUUUCCGUCAGUUCAUGUUCUAUGCCACAACUAA